GUGGGAUGUGGUAGCCGCUCUUCACGGGAACAGUCGAGCUCAAAUCACCAGGCUGUUAAAAAAUGGACGCGGGAUUUUUCCGCGGAACCAGCGCAGAGCAGGAUAACCGCUUCAGUAACAAACACAAGAAGUUGCUGAAGCAGCUGAAGUUUGCAGAAUGUCUGGAGAAAAAGGUGGACAUGACCAAAGUAAACCUGGAGGUCAUCAAGCCCUGGAUCACGCAGCGUGUGACCGAGGUCCUCGGCUUCGAGGACGACGUGGUGGUCGAGUUCGUUUUCAACCAGCUGGACGAGAAGAACCCGGACGGGAAGAUGAUGCAGAUUAACCUGACGGGUUUCCUGAACGGGAAGAACGCGCGCGAGUUCAUGAGGGACCUUUGGCCGCUGCUGCUGAGCGCCCAGGAGAACAUCGCCGGCAUCCCGUCCGCCUUCCUGGAGCAGAAGAAGGAGGAGAUCAAGCUCAGACAGGAGUCUCUGGCAGUCAUGAAAAAGCUGGAUGAUGAAAAGAAAGAGAGGGACACUAAAGAGAGAGCUCAGUCCAGGAGUCCCAAACGGAGGAAAUCUCGGUCGCCGGUGAAGCGUGACAGGAAGCGCAGUCACUCUCGCUCACCUCGGCGUAAACCCAGUCCCUCGCCCCUCCCAGCUCCCAGUCCACCGCGCCUCAAAAAGAGCGAGCCUCAGCCAGAGCCCGACCAGUCGGAGAGCUCCAAACCCGAUCCGCUGGUUCAGGAAGCUUCUUCUACCAGUGACCUUCCGACCGAGGCGAAGCCCGACUCGGUGUCCGACGGGCCGAAAAACCCCCGCGAGUCUCCAGAGAAAUCCUCCAAAACCGAGGACAAACCCAAACCGAGGGACAGAGACCGGGACAAGGAGAGAGACCGGGAGCGGGAGAAAGACGGCCGUAGAGACCGUCCACGCCACCGCACGCGGUCCCGCUCGCCCCGUCCCAGACGCCGCCACAGAUCCCGCUCCAGGUCAUACUCGCCCCGGCGCAAACCGAGCCCACGGAGGCGCAUGUCCCCCAGACGCAGGAGCCCCCCGAGACGGCCCCCUCCGCCCAGACACAGACGCUCACCCGUCCGCAGGCGGCGCUCUCCGACUCGCUCGUCCUCCGGAAGCUCGUCCUCGCGCUCCCCUGUUAAGAGGCUGCCAGCGAAGCGCAGCUCCGUCUCGCCGCCCAAAAAACAGGCGUGCCACACCGAGACCUCCUCCAGCCCUCCCAGGAGGCGCCGCAGCCCCUCAGGUCCUAUGCGCCGACCCGGUGGAAGGAACGAGUCGCCGUCUCCUGCACCGAAACCGAGAAGAUCGGACGUGUCCGAAUCGGAGGAGGAUAAAUCGGGCAAAGGGGCUGCGGCCGAUUCUGUCCAGCAGCGACGACAGUAUCGCAGGCAGAAUCAGCAGUCGUCUUCAGAAACCGGAUCUUCGUCGUCGUCCUCGGAAGACGAAGGGCCGAGUCGGCAGGGCAGGGGGCCGCCGGCUAGGAACGGGGAUGUCAGGAGGAGGAAGAGUCGCACCCCGGUGUCGCCUAGGAGACGGCACAGGGAAGCCUCGCCGAGAAAGAGACGAUCUCCGUCACCUCGGCGACACCGCUCACCCUCCCCCAGACGCCGCAGAUCCCCAUCACCUCCUCCCAGACGCAGGUCGCCCUCGCCGCCUCCUCGGCGCUACUCUCCGCCCAUUAAGCGCCGCUACAGCCCCUCCCCUGUUCCAGCGCGCAAGAGACGCUCUUCUCCCUCGCCUGCGCCCCCCAAGCGCUCCAGCCCCACCCCGCCCUCCUCUCCCCCUCCGCGGCCACGACGGAGCCCGCCGAAGACCUCGUCCGCGCGCCCGGGCAGCCCUCAGGCCAGAUACGCGUCCUCGGUGUCACCGCAGCGACGAGGACCGUCUCCCGUGCACAGCAGGGCCAUCCGCAGGGUGUCGCGCACGCCCGAGCCGCGCAAACCUCAGAGAGAUUCUCAGAGCCCGCGGCCAGUGAGGAGACGAGCGUCCCGCUCACGCUCCGCCUCGCCCGCUCGUUUCGCGGCCGUCGAGCCUGCGCCUCAGAAGCGACCGGCCUCCGCGUCGCCGUCUCCCUCUCCCGCUCGCUCGGCCAGCGGCUCCCCGGCACCUCCUCCGGCCAAGAAGGCCGGCAGCGCCUCGCCAAGCCCCUCCCUUAAUAAGAACUCGGAUGCGGACGGCGGUAAGAAGAAGAAGAAAAAGAAGGAGAAGAAACACAAGAAAGAGAAGAAGCACAAGAAGCACAAGAAGCACAAGAAGGAGAAGGGCGUUGCGGCACCAGCAGCGGAGGAACCGGAGGCCGCCCGGGCUGAAGCGGAGCACGAGUCCGAUCAGAAAAAGGAAUCAGAGAGUGAAGUAGACGACAGUCUGGAUGACCUGGAGAAGCACCUGAGAGAAAAAGCGCUGCGCUCCAUGAGGAAAGCUCACAUGUCUCCGCCCCAGUCCUGAGGACCAGUUCCCCCAGUCCCGAGGACCAGUUCCGACACCCCUUGCUUAUUUUAAACCGUCUGACGUUGGUUUGGGUUAGAAUGUACAGAUUCAGAUUCAACACACCCUACGAUUAGAUUUGAUUUGCUGUAUUUUUUUCUGAUUUGUAUCGAGCAUGAUGUUUGUUUUUUGAUUCACCACCGAGAUGCUUUUACAGAACAGUAGGAUUUUGGGGGGGGAUUUAAGGGUUUUACUUUCUCGACAGCCCUUGAUUUAAUUUUAACACGAGUUUAAGAAGCUGCGAGGAGUUCAGAGCUUGAACGUCAGUCUGUAGAUCCUGUAAUUCUAAAGCUGUGUUUUAUUUUCUGUUAGGGUCUCAGAUCAGAUAGAACGCUGAGAAGAAGGUGUGUGUGUGUGUGUGUGUGUGUGUGUGUGUGUGUGUGUGUGUGUGUGUGUGUGUGUGUGUGUGUGUGUGUGUGUGUGUGUGUGUGUGUGUGUGCUUAUCUGAGAAUAAGUGAGAACUGUUCGUUUAUCUCUGCCCCGGUUUUUCUGACCUUCAAGUUUCAAGUCGUUUGACUGUACAUUCAUUUUUUUGGGCUUUGAAAAUAACACAUUAAAACCUUUAUGAACUUA